AUGGGGUGGCCAGCGGAGGGCAGCGCCGCCGUGUGCGAGGUAAAUCCGGGGGAGACGUUCGUCGGGGGGGAGGGCUUCGGGUUCUACCCGUCGGCGGUGGUGGUGGCGGCGACGCCGCGCGUGGCGGGGACGACCAUCCGAUCAUGGCCGACCUCGGAGGAGUCCUCCACGAUGAAGAGGAAGCAGAGCCACAACGCCUACGAGCGCGACCGGAGGAAGAAGAUGAACAGCCUCUACUCCUCCCUCCGCACCCUCCUGCCGGAGUCCGAUCAAAGCGUAGGUUCUUCCCCCCGCCCCCGCGGCGGUGCCGAUCGUCUCAGAUUCUUUACCACCGCCGGCUGAUCGAUGGCUAACGAUCUCCGAUUUGGUCUCCCGCAGAAGAAGCUGAGCAUCCCGAACACAGUCUCAAAGGUCCUCGAGUACGUGCCGGAUCUGCAGAGGCAGGUGGAGAGGCUCGCGAGGAAGAAGGAGGAGAUCCUCGCGAGGAUGUCGAGCGAGAAGGACGGCGAUCCCCUGCGGACCAGAGGCGGAUCCGCCGCCUGCGUUUCCCCUCUCGUCUCCGUCGCCGAACUCGGCGGAGGAGAGAUUGCGAUCCAGAUAUGCGCGUCCUCAAGAGGUAAGAAGGGGCUGGUCAGUAGUGUACUGGAGUACCUGGAAGCGGAGGGCCUCGCCAUCGUCAACGCCUCCUUCAUCGCCGUGAACACCAGCAGGGGCCUGCUCAGUCUCCACUGUCAGGUCUCCAUCUCCAUGUCCAUCUCCAUCUUCGAGCUCCGAUAUGGGGAGAGAAGAGGCUCUCGCUGAUUCCAUCUCCGACUUCUGACAGGUGAAGGAUGCGACCGCGAAGGUGGAGCCGGGAAAGCUAAGGAACAGCCUGCCGGCCUUCCUCAGGUGA